GAAUUCAAAUUUCGAUUUGUAAAUUUGUCGCGGUUUUGCGCGGUUACCGCGGUUACCGCCGGUAACCGCCGUACCGCCGGGUGGCGGUAACCGGGCCCCCGGCGGUUUUUGAAACCCUGAUCCAAACAGUAGGAGCCUCGUUUAAAUUAGUAUAUCGGAUGUUCAAAGUAGAGUAGUUGUUAGGCUAACCUCCACGAAAACGACGUGCAACUUCUCUGCAAUUUUGCCCUUUACGUGUUUGCCCGGGAGCCAUUCUGCUCGCGGGUCAUGUCUGGUCAAAGUCUACGAUAGGAGAGGACGACGCGUCCAUCGGAGAAAGUUGCUGCGAAGAUAGCAAUCGAUUAUAUUUAAUAUAAUCUCGGUCAGCUGUUCGACGUAAUCUUGACUGGAACUCUGGAUAAAGUAUGAACGCUUAUCCAAGAACACGCACGAGAUAUUCCGUUCCGAUUCCGCGUCGGUCUCUGGUGCUGAAUUGGGAGUUGAACCAUGAACAGAGAGGAGUUUCUGAAGUACGCCAGCUUAGUUGCAAUUUCUGACUUUCCACCAAUUAUUGGACAGAGUGACAGGCAAUGCAACUAAUCUUGAUAUCUUUUGUGCCAUCUGAAUGAUGACACUGAGAAGCACUUGCAAUGUAAUGCGCCAUUAAGCUGGAGAAGUUGUUCUCAACAGCCUACUGCUACUGUUGGUCAAUGACAGUGAUAUGACAGAAACUGUUUUUCCCUUUACUUCGCCUUAUCAGAUAUAUGUCUAAGAGGACUGUGUGAUCCAUGUUUUACUGGGCAGCUUAUAAUUUAUUCUGCUUUCUAAUGGGUUCAGCUUGCUGUAUUUGGUACUUCUACCCUUUCUUAGGAUUGUGGCUGCCUACAAUUUAUUGCUGGCCAGCAAUUAAAUAGUACUAGUCUAUUGGUAAUGGGAAAUAUUUCCUUUGCAUUGUUGCAUUCAUAACUGAAAUAUGGUUUUGCGUUUGUCUCAGGAUGUGGAAGAAAUGAGGAACUGUUAUGAUGGCUUCAUUUCAGCAGCAGCUGCUACAACGAAUGGCGUAUAUGAGUUUGCUGAGGCUUUAGAGGAACUGGGAAGUUGCUUACUUGCAAAACCUGUGCUAAAUGACGACGACGACGAUAGUGAGUGUUGAUGAUGCUCGGUAAGGCCCAAUAUGAACUACAGAAAUCUGCGGAUAGAUACCGAACAAAUAUCAUCCACACAAUCACAACCCCAUCUGAAUCUCUUCUUAAGGAGCUGCAAACUUUAGAGGAAAUGAAACAACAAUGCGACAUGAAAAGGGACGCAUAUGAAACCAUGAGGGCAUCCUAUAGUGACAAAGGAGGGUCAAGGCAUUCCAAAACCGAAUCAUUCUCCACAGAACAACUGGACGCUUCUUUUCUUGAAUACCAAGAGGAUUCAGCACUUUUCACAUUUCGCUUGAAAUCAUUAAAGCAAGGGCAAUUCCAGAGCCUGUUAACACAGGCUGCUCGCCAUCAUGCUGCUCAGUUAAGUUUUUUCAGGAAAGGACUCAAAUGUCUCGAAGCACUUGAACCUCGUGUCAAAGCAAUAUCUGAGAAACAUCACAUUGACUAUAACUUCAGCGGUCUAGAGGAUGAUGGUUCUGACAAUGAUGGCUACAGUACUUACGAUUCUUGUAGUGAUGACGGAGAACUGAGUUUCGACUAUGAAAUAAACGAUAGAGACCAAGAUUUUCUUACUUCGAGAGGUUCAAUGGAUUUUGAUAAAAGUGAUCAGACUACUUCACCAAAGCCAAUCAAAGAAAACAAGCAGGAAGAGGCAAAACAAGCAGAGGCCGAAAUAGUGUUCCCGCAAUUGAAGCCCGAGUUCGCUACACAUUCAGCUCCACUUUUUGCUGGCAAUUUGCUUGAUGAAACUGACAGGCUUCGGCAAAUGAGGCCAUCCUCAACCAAACACUCGUACAGGCUCCCUACCCCAGUUGGUGCUGACAACCCCGUACCAUCAGGUUCACACAGGCUGCAUCAUUCCGCGCAAUUCUUCGAAACAAAGCCCCAUGCCCCGACGAAUCUGUGGCACUCGUCUCCUCUGACAAAAGACUACAAUGGCGCCAUGCACAACGCCGCUACCAAGCCGUCGUCAUCAUCAAGCACCGAUGAUCUGAAGAAGCUGAAGAGGGAGUCAUGGUCAGGUCCGAUCCCGAUCAAGGCCGGGUCAGGCGGCAAGCCCUUCUCUCAGGCUGACCACAGGCCAUCGCCCACCAUGGCUUACCCUGGUGCAAUGCCUGCGGCCAAGCCGCACGUCCGGCACGCGUCGUCGUCGUCUGUGUCACCCAAGGUUUCCCCAAAGAUGUCACCGGUGCCACCAGCAUCGUCGCUGAAGAUCAGCGAGCUCCACCUGCUGCCGCUGCCUCCAGCCAAUGUGGAUCCUGUCCGGCCUUCUGGUCUGGUCGGCUACUCCGGCCCUCUGGUGUCGAAGCGCGCGCCGACGCCGGCCCGUGCCUCCCCGAAGGCGUCAAGAACGGCGUCGCCGCUGCCUAGGCCGCCUGCGGCCUUGGCAAGGAGCUACUCCAUACCUUCCAACAGCCAGAGGACGCCCAUCAUCACUGUGAAUAAGCUCUUGGAGGCUAAGCAUAGCAGGGAGGGCAGUGAUGCUUCUUCCCCACCACUGACUCCAUUGUCAUUGUCUGAUUUGUGCCACCAGGAGAAGGCAGGGAAGGCAGCUGCAGGCAACACAAGGAGAAAGGAAACCUUGUGAUACACCCGUCAAAUUCGAACCAUUGCUGGACAAUUUUGUUUGUAAGUUAGUGGUGUAUUGUAGGUUUUUGUGUUCAUAAUAUUCUUUCGUUUUGCCACCUGCCUUGUAAAUAAAAAGAAAUAAAGGUGGCAAAGCAAUGUAAGUAUGUAACACAUUCUUUAACGCUUUUUUUUUUUUUUUGGUUUAGCUAUCUACACUAGUUCUUUUGGUUCAGAAAAUCUGAGUUAGCAAGGGCAUGAACAGUGGUUUUACAACAGGUUGUGCUAGUUAUCUGAAAUAACAGAUAUGUAUCAUUGAUGAUUCGAUUCUAUAGAUUUUACCUAGAAUGGUAUACAUGAUUAAGCUGUC